UGACUGAAAACAGACGCAGUAGCCAAACUGUUAAGAAAUAACAGCGAUAUGAGAGUCAUGUAAAAGCUACCAAAAUCGCCAGAAGUUCCGGUUUCGUUCGUCGUUAAUGAUGCUUCACGCGUAUUGGUCAGGUGUUUCUGUCGAGUGAGAAGAUCCAUGAAGAACUUCCACUGAUUCCAGUAGAUGGCAAGCCUACCAGUGUGAUCUCCAGAAUCUGCAGAGCCUCUUAAACAGCCGAUGAUCUAUCUGCCUGGUGACUCUGUAGGACCCAGCGGAAAACUGCUCCAACCAGAGGGAGACGGAGCAAGGGAGAGGGAGAAAGCUGAGUGGAGAGAAGACGUUCCCAGAUCAGUCAGUGGCUUCAUGGAGUUAUGUACCUCUGAUCCGCUGCCAUGGAUUGCAAUCCGCGAUCACUCCUUUUCAUUUUACUUCUUUUACUGUCCAGCGUUGUUCCUGCGUUCCCCAUCAUCUACCCCCCUAAUGAAGUCAACCUGUUAGACUCUAAAGCAAGUCAAGGGGAGUUGGGAUGGAUUUCCUACCCAUCGCAUGGGUGGGAGGAGAUCAGUGGGGUGGAUGAGCAUUACACUCCCAUCAGGACCUUCCAGGUCUGCAAUGUGAUGGAGUACAGCCAGAACAACUGGCUUCGCACCAAUUGGAUCUCUCGCCAGUCAGCGCAGAAGAUCUACGUGGAGCUGAAGUUCACCCUGAGGGACUGCAACUCCAUUCCAUUGGUCCUGGGCACCUGCAAGGAGACCUUCAACCUCCUCUACCUGGAGACAGAUGAUGACCAGGGCAGCCACUUCAGAGAACAUCAGUUCUCCAAGAUCGACACGAUCGCAGCUGAUGAGAGCUUUACCCAAACGGACUUGGGAGAUCGCAUCCUCAAGCUCAAUACUGAGGUCCGUGAGGUGGGAGCCAUGACCAAGAAGGGCUUCUAUCUGGCGUUCCAGGACGUGGGUGCCUGUGUAGCUUUAGUGUCAGUGAGGGUUUACUUUAAAAAGUGCCCGUACACUGUGAGGAAUCUGGCCUCCUUCCCUGACACGGUGCCCAUGGACUCCCAGUCACUGGUGGAGGUCAAAGGCUCAUGCGUCAAUCACUCCAAAGAGGAGGAGCCUCCACGAAUGUACUGCAGCACUGAAGGGGAGUGGCUUGUGCCUAUUGGGAAGUGUCUUUGUAACCCAGGAUACGAGGAAAGAAGCAACACCUGCCAAAUGUGCAGGGCAGGCUUCUACAAGUCUACCCUCGGGAACAUGGAGUGUUCAAAGUGUCCGCCUCACAGUUUCUCUCACCAUGAGGGGUCACUGCACUGUGGCUGUGAAAAAAACUACUUCCGUGCCGAGGGAGACCCUGCCUCCAUGGCCUGUACCCGACCUCCUUCAGCUCCCCGGAAUGUGAUCUCUUCCAUCAACGAGACUUCGGUCAUCCUGGACUGGAGCUGGCCGGAGGACGCAGGAGGACGCAGGGACAUCACCUUCACCGUCCUCUGCAAACGCUGCCGAGGUGUCGCUGCUAACGGCAGCAACAGCGGCACUCAGCGCUGUGAGCCUUGCCGGAGCAAUGUUCGCUUCCUGCCAAGAGCCGUUGGCCUCCACAACACCACGGUGACGGUGGGAGACCUGCUGGCCCACACUAACUACACGUUUGAGAUCGAAGCACUGAACGGUGUGUCGUCGCUGGCACCCAAGAUGAGGCAGUACGCCGCCGUCACCAUCACCACCAACCAAGCUGCUCCCUCUCCAGUAACAGUGAUCAGAAAGGAGAAGACGUCUCGUAACAGUGUCUCCCUGUCCUGGCAGGAGCCAGAAAGACCCAACGGUAUCAUCCUCGACUAUGAGAUCAAAUACUACGAAAAGGAGGAGCAGGAGACCAGCUACACCAUCCUUCGGGCUCGAGGGUGUAACGUGACCCUGAGUGGCCUGAAGUCCAACACUGCCUACCUGCUUCAGAUCAGAGCGCGCACCGCUGCUGGAUAUGGAGCCAGCAGCCCCAGUUUCCAGUUUGAGACCAGUCCUGACUCGGCCUUCUCCAUCUCCAGUGAGAGCAGCCAGGUUGUUCUGAUUGCCAUUUCCUCUGCCGUGGCCAUCAUCCUGCUCACUGUGCUGCUCUACAUCCUGAUUGGCAGGUUUUGUUGCCGCAGCAAAUCCAAACAUCCUGAUGAGAAAAGGCUGCACUUUGGCAACGGCCACUUGCGUCUGCCGGGUAUCAGGACCUAUGUGGACCCCCACACGUAUGAAGACCCGAGCCAGGCUGUGCAUGAGUUUGCCAAGGAGCUGGAUGCCUCCUGCAUCGCCAUUGAUAAAGUUGUGGGAGCAGGUGAGUUUGGGGAGGUGUGCAGUGGUCGCCUGAAGCUGCCCAGCAAGAAGGAGAUCUGUGUGGCCAUCAAAACCCUUAAAGGAGGAUACACCGACAAACAGAGGCGGGACUUCCUGGCUGAGGCGUCAAUCAUGGGACAGUUUGACCACCCCAACAUCAUCAGGCUGGAGGGGGUGGUAACACGCAGUAAACCUGUCAUGAUCGUCACAGAAUACAUGGAGAACGGAUCCCUCGACAGCUUCUUACGAAAACAUGAUGCCCAGUUCACAGGAAUCCAGCUGGUUGGAAUGCUGCGUGGCAUCGCCUCGGGCAUGAAGUAUCUGUCAGACAUGGGCUACGUUCACAGAGACCUGGCGGCUCGAAACAUCCUGGUCAACAGCAAUCUGGUGUGUAAAGUGUCAGACUUCGGCUUGUCCCGAGUGCUGGAGGACGACCCGGAGGCAGCUUACACGACCAGGGGAGGUAAAAUCCCCAUCAGGUGGACAGCUCCAGAGGCUAUAGCCUACAGGAAGUUUACAUCAGCCAGUGAUGCUUGGAGUUACGGGAUUGUGCUCUGGGAAGUGAUGUCCUACGGAGAGCGGCCGUACUGGGAGAUGUCCAAUCAGGACGUAAUAAAAGCUGUAGAUGAGGGUUACCGUUUACCCCCGCCCAUGGACUGCCCUGCCACCCUCUACCAGUUGAUGCUGGACUGCUGGCAGAAAGAGAGGAACAACCGGCCUAAGUUUGAACAGAUAGUCAGCAUCCUGGAUAAACUCAUCCGCAACCCUGGUAGCCUCAAAAUCACGGCCAACACCACAUCCAGGCCGGCCAACUUGUUGUUGGACAGGAGCAGUUCAGAAGUUCCCUCAAUGGGGACGAUGGGUGACUGGAUGGACGGAAUGAGGACCUUACCCUGCAAGGAGGCCUUCUCCGGGGUCAGCUACAGCUCCUGUGACACCCUGGCCAAGACUUCCACAGAUAGAGUGGUUCUGACGGAGGUCCACGUCACACCAGCUUCUUGCCCAGAAUGGGAGCCGUCCAUGGGGAUCACCACUCUCUAACGCCCAGCUCCUCUCCACCUUCCUCAGGCUCUGGAUGGGAUCUGAAAAAGGUUGGAGUGACUAUUGUAGGACCGCAGAAGAAGAUAGUAAGCAGCCUGAAAGCCCUAGAUUCCCACACCAAGAACGGUCCCGUACCUGUUUAAAAAAAGAAAAAAAUGAACCCAACAAAUGAAAGCCACCAGAGACCUGUCUGUUGGUCUGUGUUGACAGACUUCGGUUGCUAAUCGCACUCUAACACGGCGGCUGCGUAUCCAAACUGGAAACGGAGGAAAAAAUAUAUGAUUCAAAUGAUGUCGUUCAUUGUGUUGCUGAAAGACGUCCUGGCAGAAAGAGGGAAAGAGUUCAGUGCAGACCUGCCAGCUAGUUAACUGGCUGACUCAACCCUCCGUCCCUCCAUGCCCAAGUUGAGAUGCCUUACAGACUUAUAGAGGGGUAGACAGCCGGGGAAAGACAAGGAGGUCAGAAAGACGUGAUCAGGAUGCGAACUAGGACUGUACUGGGAUACCGGGCAGUGACUGGAUUAACAUGAAGCUGGAGCUCUCCCUGAUUGUGGCUCAGCCUCACCAAGCCUGACUAGCAGCCUGUGGAAUGAGGCAGGUAAACGGCUGAGAUGCCUUGCAUAGAGGAGCAUGGUGGACAGCAGCGACUGACCCGGAUGGAGACGACUGCCGAGCUGACGAAGUCUGAAGCGUGAGAUUUUGUUGCAACUACCUACAUUUACUGUCUCCGAGAGAGAGCCGAGCUGGUAUGGACACACCUAGACGCUAACCGAGCCAUUUUACUCUGUAGCUCUAACCUAUAGCAUUUGCAUUCAGUAGACAUGUCACAUAAAAGCAAUAAUACUAUAAUCAGUCAAAUGGUCUCAUUGUAUGGAAGCUGUGAGUCUGUCACAUGUAUAAUGCAUUGAAUGCUGUGCUUUGAGGGUACAGGGGCCAUAACACACUUCACACACAGACUUUUCUUUACGGCGACAACCUUGUUCUAUGUGCUUAUGAACAGAUAUUGUACAGUUGUAGUGCUGUCCCCUCUGUUACCCAACGCCCUUUGUGUGAAAUCUCAGGAUGUAUGCUUUGUUCUGUUUUCUCUAACAAAAGGGAAACUGAGAGAAUGGAGCACAGUUCGGAACUGAGAGUGCCGUUUAAGAAAGACGUGCAGAAAAAAAGGGAAAAAGUGAGAGCGAAAUUGAUAAGGGCAAAGAAAACUUCAAGUGAAGCAGUGUGCCAGUGUUACGGAGAACUAGGAGUUUGUACUUGAGUUUCUUCUUGAUGGAAGACAAGUUAGCGUCAUCAACCCCUCGCAACACCAGGUAUCAUUUUCUUACUGAAGAAUGGGAUUUUUUUGCCUUUGUAAAAUCAGUUCAGUAGGUUGAGAUCAACAUUGCUGAUCUGAGGUUGCUGUAGUCCCUUUGCUUAGGUUUAAAUCCAUAACUUAUUAACAAAAGCCAUGUCGGAUCAGUCAUUUUGUACUUUGAUUGGAAAUUUGGUGUAAAAACGAGUUUGUUAUAGUAUAAAACUAGUUUUUAAUCCAUAAAUCCUGGUGUAUUUAAUGCAAAAAGCAGAGUGCCUCUUGUAGUUGGGCUGGAUCAAUGGUCAGAUCACCAAACAAAAAGCUCCAGUUUUGGUUUGAUAUCCAGGACGUCUUGGUCUUUUUUUUCCCUUAUUCUCUUUGGGGUAUGGGGUUGAUCAACAAUUGCCCUAAAAUAACUAGGUACAAAAAUGCCCUGAGAGAGAUGCAACAGUUUUAAUAGAUGAUUGCUUUCUGAGAUAGUAUCCUACAUAUUCCCAGGAUGGGAUUUCCUAAAGGCACCUUUGAAGAUCUUUUUACAAUGAAGGACAUACUUAAAGAUGCUAGACCCCUGCUUUGAAGCCCCUCAGCCAAUCCCUCCGGGCAACAGAUACCCAGUAUUUUUGAACUGACACUUUGGUAGUCAGUGCUAUUGGAUGGGUAGUAUAUAACCACGAGGACGCUAUCUUUAAGCUUCUUCAAGCACAUAGUACACAGUUUUGGAGCACUUUGAAUGGAAAUGUUGUUGCCUUGGCUAUAGACAAAGCUUACAUCAUGGACAGGCGGGUGAUUCUGGUGCUUUUGGGAAAUCCAGCCCUGUUCAGCCUGUGAGUCCUGUCUUCUGUUACUAAGUCUACCUGUGGAUGCUGCUGUUGCUGCUACGUGUUCUAAUUAGUAUGUACAUAAUGUAAACCAUCUUGAAGAUAGCAACUAGCACUACAGAUCCCACUAUAUGUACAUGGCCAUCCCUUUUUUUGUACAGAUGUUUGUAUGUAUAAAAGACUGAAUAAAAAUUGUGCAACAUUUUUAAUUAAAAAAAGAGACAAAAAUCACAUGUAUUAUAUUAUUUUGAAUUAUAUUUGUCAGCUUUGUUUUUUUUCUACAAUAAAAAGGCAAUUAUGAUUACAUUAUUUAUUUGUUAACAUUAUACAGCGCAUUGUUGAUUUUUUGUGGGGGAGCAUAGAGUAAAUUAUGUGUCAGUGCUGUCUGUGUUUUGGUUUUUCGAUUUACUUUAUAAACCUGAGACAUCUGAGAGAGCAAUACUGUUAUGAACCCUAUAUCCAGAUCCCUAAUUUUAUGUCUCAAGACUGAUCCGUGUGUCUGUGUGAGAGUUUAUGUGUGCAAAUGUAGAUGGCCUUGUCUACUAAUGUAAAAUGAUUUGUAGUGGAAACAUUUAUAUUUUUAUAAUAAAUAUUCGCAAAAUAUUUUCCAAAAAAUGGA